AUGGGUCUCAUGGAAGUGCACUGCAGCCCUGCUAAACAGCAUCAAUUCAUGGAGAGCCUCAUUGCCUACAUGGGCAGUGACAUGCCCAUCCAUUUGUGUUAUGCUGCUCGCAUUGUCCGAGAAGAAAUUGUCUUGAUUGAUGCCAUUGAUAUAAAUCUGCAGGACAUGGUUUUGACCAAGUUAUCCCCCACUAUCCUGACUACAUUGUUUGUUACACCGUUCGAUACUAUCACAGAGCAGCAGUGGUGGGACAUGAUGAUAAUGGCAUGGUGCCAUGCUGAAUUUGUCAUUGAUGACAUACACUGUUUCGAGUUCCUUCCCAUCCUUGUGGAAGGCAUGAAGAGGUAUAUGUGGUUUGCUUUGGAAGAUGAUCUCAAGCAGCUUGUUAGUGUUGUGGGUGGUAUUCUCAGAGCACUGGAGAGGCAUGACUCAGAGCAAGGAGAGGGCGUCGUCGUUACUGUGAAAGAGUUCAGGACAGUAGCCAGCAAUAUGCUUGGGAAGUUGGUCAAUAGUAAAGGAGUUAUCAGUCCCUGA